GCGCCACGAUGCCGUCACCACCGCCGUCGUCGUGUGAUGUCAUCAUAACGCGCUACAGCGAAAGCUCUUUAAGCGCAGCAGGGUUUGACUGCAGACUGCAAGAAUGUCCCGUCGAUAUGAUUCCCGAACAACCAUCUUCUCGCCAGAAGGGCGUCUGUACCAGGUUGAGUACGCCAUGGAAGCCAUCGGCCACGCCGGCACCUGCCUGGGAAUUUUAGCCAACGAUGGAGUUCUGCUGGCUGCUGAGAGGAGGAACAUCCACAAGCUGCUGGAUGAAGUGUUUUUCUCAGAGAAAAUCUACAAGCUGAAUGAAGACAUGGCGUGCAGCGUGGCGGGAAUCACAUCAGAUGCCAACGUAUUGACCAACGAGCUGAGGCUUAUAGCACAGAGGUACUUGCUGCAAUACCAGGAGCCAAUCCCAUGUGAGCAGCUGGUCACAGCCUUGUGCGACAUCAAACAGGCCUACACGCAGUUUGGAGGAAAGCGUCCAUUUGGAGUCUCUCUGCUCUACAUGGCCUGGGAUAAACAUUAUGGCUUCCAGCUCUACCAGAGUGACCCAAGUGGAAACUAUGGAGGCUGGAAAGCCACCUGCAUUGGAAACAACAGCGCUGCAGCUGUGUCUAUGCUGAAGCAGGACUACAAAGAGGGAGAGAUGACCCUUUCCUCAGCCCUCGCCCUCGCAAUUAAGGUUCUCAAUAAAACCAUGGACGUCAGCAAGCUGUCUGCAGAGAAAGUGGAGAUCGCCACCCUGACCCGCGAGAACGGCAGGACCUGCAUCAAGGUGCUGAAGCUGAAGGAAGUGGAGGAGUUGAUCAAAAAGCACGAAGCAGAAGAGGCCAAAGCUGAGAAAGACAAGAAAGAGAAGGAACAGAAAGAGAAGGACAAGUAGUGACGCCUGUCCAUGCUUUGUAUUUUGUGUGUGAGAACGAAUGUGGGCUUGUGACUGUAAAGGUAGAGUUGUCCAAUAUGUUUGCAUGUGUUCUUUAUUAAAGUAAAUGAAA